UCAUCUACUCGAUUCAGGAAAUCGUCUGUGCGAAACGAGCGCAUGCGCUGAGAAUUCGCCUUCCGUAAAAAUAAAGAUAAUCUGUUUUCAACGGAGCAGCGGUACCGGGAAUAUUAAAGCACUUUUGCGUCAACAGACAUUCGAAAGGCUCCCAGCAUGCACCACAGCCAGAGUUAUCCCGUGACCACGGUGCAAGUCAAUUUGCCGCAGCCCCAUGUGAGUUACAGCACCAAAUCGCAAAACAGUACGCUCUGUUCCGGAUGGUGUGCCUUUGUCAUGGCGGGCGUCUUCGCUUCUGCCUUCCUCAUCUGUGUUUACGUGUUCGGAGGACACAAGAUCUUCCUGGUCGGGGUGGAUCCCUCCACAGACCUCGUGCUCAUCAUGAAACAAGGUUCCCUCGAGGUGUAUCCCUUCCUCAUGCGGACCGACGUCGGCAUCGAAAGUCGCUACCUCACCUACCUACCGCCAAAAAAUCUCACACAAGCUGUGAAUUCGCUGGAUGCUCUUUUUCAGGCUUAUCCCGCAAAACACGAUGACCGCUACCGCAACUGCUGGCUGGAAAAUCCAUCUGCCGAGAACCCCUGCUUUUUCGACACUACAUGGCUCGCUGAGGUGUGCACCAGGCAGAACAGUUACGGGUACGAGGAGAGAGAAGGAUACUACAGCCCUUGCUUCGUCAUGAGGUUAGAGCAGACGGGUGACUGGAGACCCCGUUUCUCGGACCAUAUACCAACGGACACCGCUGACCACUACGACCCUGGCUUCUCGCCUGUUCACUGCUACGCCCACGGAGACAGAGGUCAGGACUUGUCGCCGAAUAUCACCAUCUAUCCUAAUAAGGGGUUUUCCCACCUGUUUUUCCCUUCUUCCAAAUUCAACCCAGAGAGGUAUCUGUUGCCUAUGGUGGCCGUCAAACUUCACAGGAUCCCGAAAGGAAGGAAUCUCACUGUGGAAUGUUCUGUUGUGACGCCGAACGCAUUUUUCCUGUGGAAUAAUGGCAAAGCCGCAAUACGCUUUGAAGCAGCCUGACCAGUUCCUUCUCAUCAAGUGAUGUGUGUCAUCCGAAUUGUUUCAAGACAGAAUGAAAAAUGAAGUGCAUUCCAAAGUAAAAGGACUCUUAUCUACAUAGAAACAGCGCCAUUUCGACCAACAGAAAAAGAUGCCUCUUUGAAGUUGAACUGUUCGGAAUAGAGACACGAAGUUCAUUUCUUCAUAUGUUGUCAUUGUUUCGCGUCUCUGAAUGUUGGGAACCAAAAAGAGGAUAUUCAAGCAUUUUUGGGAGAACAAACAUUUCGUUGCUGUUUUAUUUCGUCGAUAUCCAUUGGGUUGAAUGACCAAAUUUCAUGAAAACACAGACGCAGCUUUGUUCCAUUCCUUCUCAGCCAUCUAUGGCUGCACACCUAUCCAAACAACUUUAAUAAAAUGACAAUGAAACAGUAUUUUCAUUGGA